GUUUUUAAGCAUUGGAAACGAAAGCAAUUUUUAUGAUAAAAAUGGAUAACAAAAGUGCGAAAGAGGACGUGAUUGUCAAAAAUAAAGGAUCACUCAUUCAGACCAUUAAGUCAUUUGAGAGAUGUAUGGCUGACAUGAAGUCCACGGUCUUAGUGCCCACUCGUCUCAACGAUAUUGACUCCCAAACUAUGGCUAAGAGUGGAGUCAACUGUAUUCGCAGUGAUAAUGAAAACUUGUAUAAUGUUUACAACGAUUUACAGAAAAUAAGUAAAUUAUUGUACGGCGAUAGACAUCAAUCGGACCUCAAAUAUGCAAAUCCAAUGGAUUUGAACGGCAACAGCAUUAGCAAGAGUUUGCAUAACGAAUGUCUUCCCAAAGACGACAACCUGUUGACUAAACUUGAUUAUCAUGUCAGACACAUGAGAGUGAUUUUGAAUGAAUUGUGCGGAACUGCUGGAUAUAUAACCAAUGUUUAUAAGGAAGACGUCCAGAAUAUGCACAUGAAUUACAAUCACAUCGAGUAUAACAACAGUGAGAUUAAGCACUACUACACCAGCAACUCAUCCAACUCACCCAUCAGCUAAUUGUCUCCUCAAUUGAACUCCACUUUUGAAAUCUUUGUUUCUAAAUCCAAAAAAUUAAGUCAUUUUAUUUCUACUUAAGAUUAUUUAUAUUAUGAUUAUAUGUUAUAGUAUAAUAUUUCUUUCAAUUUUCCCAAAUUUAUUCAACAAAGUGAACGCAACAUCAAUUUAUUCAUUUUAUUCAAUCACAUUUAAAUUGUUUAAUUUUAACAUAAAGUUUCAUAAUUGAUGGAAACACA